AUGGCAGCAGUAGGCAUGGCCUUGUUGUGCCUCGUUCCUCCCACUGCUCCCGGGGCGGCUCGGCGUCUGCUGGGCCAAAAGGCCGGCUGCCAAACCCUCAGCCCACCCUUGGCCUUGGGAGCCCGAGGAAAAGCCCUGCGAGCAGGGGGAGGAGCCGCCGCCAGUGGAGGCGGAGGAGCAGAGGAGGCGGAGACGGCGGAGACGGCGGAGAAGGCGGAGAGGAAGGUGGAGGCGGAGGCGAAGGUGGAGGGGAAGGUGGAGGCGGCGGGGAAGGUGGAGGCGGCGGGGAAGGUGGACGCCACCGGGAAGGUGGAGACGGCAGGGAAGGUGGACGCUGCCGGGAAGGUGGAGACGGCGGAGGGUCCGGGCCGCCGGGUAGAGCUCAAGCUGGAGCCCGAACCCGAACCCGAUCCGGCACGGGAGGCGGAGCAGGGGCCGAAGGGGGAGCCGAAGCAGGAGCCCGAGGAUGAGAACCCGGCGCGGAGCGGCGGUUGCGGCGGCAGCGACGAGGUUCCUCUCCCCACCCUUCCCUCCGACCCCUCGCGGCCCCCCGAUCCCUCCCCGCGGCGCAGCCGUGCCCCCCGCCGCCGACCCCGGCCGCGGCCGCAGACCCGGCUCCGUACCCCGCCGCAGCCUAGGCCACGGCCCCCGCCCCGGCCCCGGCCCCGGCGCGGCCCUGGGGGCGGAUGCCUGGAUGUGGAUUUCGCUGUGGGUCCACCAGGCUGUUCCCACGUGAACAGCUUUAAGGUGGGAGAGAACUGGAGGCAGGAACUGCGGGUGAUCUACCAGUGCUUCGUGUGGUGUGGAACCCCAGAGACCAGGAAAAGCAAGGCAAAGUCGUGCAUCUGCCAUGUGUGCGGCACCCAUUUGAACAGACUCCACUCUUGCCUUUCCUGUGUCUUCUUUGGCUGUUUCACAGAGAAACACAUUCAUGAGCACGCCGAGACAAAACAACACAACUUAGCUGUAGACCUUUAUUACGGAGGUAUAUACUGCUUUAUGUGUAAGGAUUAUGUAUAUGACAAAGACAUUGAGCAAAUUGCCAAAGAAGAGCAAGGGGAAGCUUUGAAAUUACAAGCUUCCACCUCAACCGAGGUUUCUCACCAGCAGUGUUCCAUGCCAGGCCUCAGUGAGAAAUAUCCAACCUGGGAGACAACCAAACCCGAGUUAGAACUGCUGGGCCACAACCCAAGGAGAAGAAGAAUUACCUCCAGCUUUACCAUCGGUUUAAGAGGACUAAUCAAUCUUGGCAACACGUGCUUUAUGAACUGCAUCGUCCAGGCCCUUACCCACACUCCGAUCCUGAGAGAUUUCUUCCUCUCCGACAGGCACAGAUGUGAAAUGCCAAGUCCCGAGUUGUGUCUGGUCUGUGAGAUGUCUUCGCUUUUUCGGGAGUUGUAUUCUGGAAAUCCAUCUCCUCACGUUCCCUAUAAAUUACUGCACCUGGUGUGGAUACACGCAAGGCAUUUAGCAGGGUACAGGCAACAGGAUGCCCAUGAGUUCCUCAUCGCAGCGUUAGAUGUCCUGCACAGGCACUGCAAAGGUGAUGAUGCCGGGAAGGCAGCCAACAAUCCCAACCACUGUAACUGCAUCAUUGACCAAAUCUUCACAGGUGGCCUGCAAUCUGAUGUUACCUGUCAGGCCUGCCAUGGUGUCUCCACCACGAUAGACCCAUGCUGGGACAUCAGUUUGGACUUGCCUGGCUCUUGCACCUCCUUCUGGCCUAUGAGCCCAGGGAGGGAGAGCAGUGUGAAUGGGGAAAGCCACAUACCAGGAAUCACCACCCUCACGGACUGCCUGCGAAGGUUUACGAGGCCAGAGCACUUAGGAAGCAGUGCCAAAAUCAAGUGCGGUAGUUGCCAAAGCUACCAGGAAUCUACCAAACAGCUCACAAUGAAUAAAUUACCUGUCGUUGCCUGUUUUCAUUUCAAACGGUUUGAACACUCAGCCAAACAGAGGCGCAAGAUCACUACAUACAUAUCCUUUCCGCUGGAGCUGGAUAUGACACCGUUCAUGGCCUCGAGUAAAGAGAGCAGGAUGAAUGGACAGUUGCAGCUGCCAACCAAUAGUGGAAACGACGAGAAUAAGUAUUCCUUGUUUGCUGUGGUUAAUCACCAAGGAACCUUGGAGAGUGGCCACUACACCAGCUUCAUCCGGCACCACAAGGACCAGUGGUUCAAGUGUGAUGAUGCCGUCAUCACCAAGGCCAGUAUUAAGGACGUUCUGGACAGUGAAGGGUAUUUACUGUUCUAUCACAAACAGGUCCUGGAACAUGAGUCAGAAAAAGUGAAAGAAGUGAAUACACAAGCCUACUGAAGUGACACACAGACCUACCUACCUGUAAUGGAAGAUGACAGCACCCGUACUACAACUGGCAUUGAGAUUUAAAGGACCUACUUGCAUGGCCCACGGGCCUGACAGAGCUGGGGGAGAGCAAGAGGUAAGCGGCCUCAGAUGCCACUUGGCACCUUCAUGCAGGUAUCUGACUCCCCUUUGGGAUGUGUGGGAGCCCUGCCUGGGAAGACCGCCAUGUCCUCCUUCCUCAUCUCUGCCACAGGAAGAGUUCAGUCGGGCAUGUGCCACCAGAUCCUGACUGCUUGCACAGACGCUGUCUUUUACGUUUGUAAAACGUUUUUAUUUGGAAAUAAUUUCAUAGUUACAGGAAAGUUUCAAAAAGAAAAACAAAUAGUAUAAAGAACAGAUUUACCUAUUGCUAACAUUUUACCCCAUUUGCUUUAUCGUUUGCAUGUAUGCACUCCCGUGUGUGUGUGUGUGUGUGUGUGUGUGUGUGUGUGUGUGUGUGUGUUGGACCGACUGAGGACAGAUAACAUCAUGGCCCUUUAUGCCCGAGUACCUCAGUGUGCACUUCCUAAGAAUAGGCAUGUUCCCUACAUCACAGUAUAGUUAGCAGCUUCAGUAAAUUAAACAUUGGUAUAAUACUAUUAUUUACCAUUUGUACUCCAGUUUUGUCUGGUGACCCAAUAAUGUCCUUUAUAGCAUUUUUCCUCUUCAUCACAGGAUCUAGUCCAGGACGAGGUAUGGCUUUUAGCUGUCAUGUCUCUUUAGCCUCCUUUAAUCAGGAAUAUUUUCACAGCCUUUCUGCAUCUUGUAUGGCAUUAGCAUUUUUAAUAGAAUAUUCUUCAUUUUGGGUUUGUCUGAUACAGAAACUGUCUUUUAAAUACCCUGUACUCAGGAAUAGUUCUAAGAGAUAUGAAUGGCGCGAGACUGCUGAAGCUGAUCUCCCUGUCUCCACUGGUGGAAGGCACAGACCACCAGAGGGAGCAGCUGUACCUGGCAGUUCCUGAUUGAAGCAUUCACCUCUGUCUGGAAAACACCAUUGUCCCUCAGCAACAGGGGAGCCAUUCAAGCCCAGCCCUAUGCCCCUACCCAUCACCAACCCCCAAAUUGAGCCAUGGAGUGUAACAGCAGCAGGGCUUGCUUUCAGAUCACAUCACUGUGGGAACCAGGGCAUCAUGUAUUUGGCAGGGAAUCCUGAUCAGGGAUGCCAUCAACCAAGAGGUCUUUUCCAAUCAAGAAAAAGCACUGUAUAGCACAUAGAAUUCGACUCAACACAUUGUAAUCACUGUAAGAGAAUAUAUAAGACUGGUAAGAAUAUGGAAAAGAAUAUAUAUAUGUCUCUCUGUAAGUGAAUCAAGUGGAUGUACACCAGAAAGACACAGCAUUGUAAAUCAGCUUUAC